AUGUCUUUAAUUUCUAAAAAACAAGAAGAAGAAGAAGUUAAAUUAACAAAUCUUUCAGAUUUAAAUCAUUUAAAUUCAUAUAAAUCAGAACAAUACACUAAUGAAAAACAACAACAACAACAACAACCAAAAGAUAAUUCAUCAACUCAUUCAAAACUUGAAGAUGAUAGAGAAAGUCAAAAAUUUUUAGAUGAUACAACUUCAUCAGAAUUUGAUAUGAUUGAUUUAGAAGCAAAUGAUGAUAUAUUACAUUUAAAAAUGAAAUUAAUAAAUGAUGCUAUAGAUGAAAUUGGUUUUACUCCUUAUCAUUUAAAAUUAUUUUUUUUAAAUGGUAUGGGAUAUUGGACAGAUACUCAAUUAACUUAUUUAGAAAGUACUGUACGUACUUUUAUAAAUUAUCAAUUUGGUUAUAAAUUUCCAGUAAGUGCUGAAUGUUAUGCUGGUGGAAUGAUUUUAGGUGCUUUAGUUUGGGGUUUUGGUGCUGAUUUAAUUGGUAGAAAAUUAGCUUUCAAUUUAAGUUUAUUAUUAAGUGCUAUUUUUACAAUAAUGACUGGUAUGAUGGGAAAUAUGGCAAGUUAUUGUUUAUUUGUAUUAUUAAGUGCAUUUGCAGCUGGUGGGAAUUUAGUAUUGGAUACUUGUGUAUUUUUAGAGUUUUUACCACAUAAAGAUCAAUGGUUAUUAACAUUUUUUGCAUUAUUUUGGGGUGUUGGACAAACAGUAGCUGUUGCUUUGGGGUAUGCUUUUUUACCAAAUAAUUCUUGUGAAAGUGCUGAUAAUUGUCCAUCUCAUUUAAAUAGAGGUUGGAGAUAUGUUUGGUAUACUAAUGGAUGUAUUGUAUUAGCUAUGGCAAUAUUAAGAUUAACUGUAAUUAGAUUAAAAGAAACUCCUAAGUUUUUGAUUGCAAAUAAUAGAGAUGCUGAAGCUAUUCAAGUAUUACAUGAAAUUGCAACCAAAUAUAAUAGAAAUUGUUCAUUAACUUUAGAUCAAUUAUUAGAAUGUGGUAAUAUUAAAUCUAAUGAAGAUUAUAGAAAAAAUUUUAGUGUCUUGGGGAUUUCCAAAUUAAUGUUUCAACAUUUAAAAAUUUUAUUUGCAACAAAUAAAGCAAUUAGAUCAACUAUUUUAUUAUUUAUUUCUUGGGCAUUCUUGGGGAUUUCUUAUCCAUUAUAUUCAUCAUUUUUACCUCAAUAUUUAGCUACUAGAGGUGCUAAUAUAAGUGCAGAUACAAUUGGUGGAGUAUAUAGAGAUAAUUUAAUUGCAAAUGUUUGUUCAAUAGGUGGUCCAAUUAUUGCAGGAUUAUUAUUAUAUUUUUUACCAUGGUUAGGUAGAAGAGGAGUAUUAUGUAUUGGAGGAAUAUCAACAAUGGCUCUUUUAUUUGGUUAUACACAAGUUAAAACAAGAGGACAAAAUGUUGGUUUUACUUCAUCAGUAUAUUGUUGUCUUUAUAUAUAUUAUGGAGUGAUUUAUGCAUAUACACCAGAAGUUAUGCCAAGUGCAGCAAGAGCUACAGGAAAUUGUUUAUGUUUAUUUUGUACAAGAAUAUGUACUGCUAUGGUUCCUAUUAUUGCUUAUUAUUCAAAUACUGCUAGUUCUGUACCUAUAUGGAUUUGUGGUGCUUUUGUUGGAGUUAUUGGUAUUAUUGCAUUGUUUUUACCUUUUGAACCUAGUAAACAAAGAGUUGUUUAG